CCCGGACAUCAGCACCUCGGACAGCGCGUGCGGCGGACGGAGCGCAUCUUCCCUCGGCCGCAGGGGGAAGGAAGGUGUUUUUGGAAGGAAACUGCUGUGUGUGUGUAACUAAACCGACGAAAUAAGUUCCCCUUUGACCAGACGUGCCGGAAAUGAACAACCGGCAAUCCAAGUUUAAACACGAAGGAGGUCGGUGGACACGUCGCCGCAGCCUGCAGGUUAUCGUCUCACUGCUUCAAGGAGGCCUUUCAUUACAGAUGUGAGCAUGAUGUGUCGCUGUGUUUUAACAACCCGGAAGACACGUCUGCGGUCUGCUGUCGGCUCUAUUUUUUGUGUUUGCAGGAGUCCAUGUCUGACAUUUUUUCUCCGUCCUCUUGCUUUGUUGGCGCAGACGCGUUUGGGAUGAACAGAGAACUGUGAGCGCAAGUUGUCGUGGAAUGGAUUUGAAUGUGUUCGUCUGAUUGUCUCCUCUCGUAUCCAUCUGUGAUACGCAAAGCUGCUCCUAACUUUGUAUGCCGGGAUGUCGAAGGGACGAAAACACCCUAAGUCUGUCAAAAAACAAAUAUACGAGGGGACACUGGUGACUUGGUGGAUGGACUGCGAGACAACAAAGGACCCGCGCUCUGCUGUCGCAUCCAACCAGUAGGUAAAUGGAGGAACUGAAAUAUCAAUCGGCUUUGACUUAGUUGUUAAUAGGAUUUAAUAUCAACCCUAACCACCAGACACUGUCGCUGCUUUUCCGCUUGAAGAUGAAUAGACUCCAGAAUUUUGUCGCCUGCUGAUUUAUAAACACCAAGAGGAACAGUGGGUCGCUUAUAAAUUAAAAAGAAGACACGGGAGAAUUAUAUUGGACCAUCUGACUGUAAUGCUGGUGGCUCACACUUCCAGCAUCCAUUGGCUCUGGCCAUGAGAAAUAAGGCUUCCCGAUUGGCUGGAUUGCGGUGCACAUGCUAUAACAACAGGAUAUGCAAAGAGCUAUGGGCUAAUGGGAUGGGAUGAUAGCCUGUCGGGCUUCUUUGGCCGAAGUCUCUCUAACUUAAUAGGAUAUACAUUUUCUAAUUGAAUCCAAUGGUUUAUUAGCCGCAAUAGUAACAACCGACCCAACCGUAAUAGUAAUGUUGAUUAGACUUCAUGAUGGACCAUCCACUGUCGGGCUGAAGGCUGCUCGGUCUCACGGAGCGGUUGUGCCUUUGUAGUAAAGCUGCAGAAGAAUGUUUAAGUAUCGCAUCUGGGUGUUUUUCAAUGAACUCAAUGUGCUGUUACUGAUGCGCUCUGGAUCAAGCAGGAGGACCGGCACGGGCACAGACCCGGACACGCGCACCGGGAUGCGAGGGCUCGCUAUAGGAGGCUGCGGUUGGCCACCGCUGUACUGCUCUCACCGGGACGCCGAGGAGGACUAUUAUGGGUCUGACUCCCGGCCACGCAGCGUGGAAUUGGGGGAUGCCGAAGAAGACAACCCCGAGGGAAGAGGCCUGGACGCCGCGUCCCUCCCGAGUCUCUCGGAGAGCGGGACGCGAUCACCGCAGUGCCGGAUCUGCUUCCAAGGACCGGAGAAGGGAGAGCUGUUGAGCCCUUGUCGCUGUGCCGGCUCCGUGCGUUGUACUCACCAGUCCUGCCUUAUCCGCUGGAUCAGUGAGAGAGGCUGCUGGAGCUGUGAGAUCUGCUAUUUCAAGUACCAGGUCUUGGCCAUCAGCACCAAAAACCCACUUCAGUGGCAGGCCAUCUCUCUGACUGUCAUUGAGAAGGUGCAGAUUGCAGCCAUCGUCUUGGGCUCUUUGUUCCUCAUCGCCAGUCUUUCCUGGUUGGUGUGGUCUUCUCUCAGCCCUUCAGCCAAAUGGCAGCGGCAGGACCUUCUCUUCCAGAUAUGCUACGGCAUGUAUGGCUUCAUGGACAUAGUUUGUGUUGGCCUUAUAAUCCACGAAGGGUCGUCUGUUUACCGGAUCUUUAAGCGCUGGCAGGCGAUGAACCAGCAGUGGAAAGUGCUGAAUUAUGAGAAAGCGAAGGACCUCGGUGACCCCAGCAGUUGCAGCAGUAAAGGUCGUGUUGACAGGGACUCAGGCAGCGGACAAAGGGCGAGUCGACCUGUCCGGACUAUUCUCAACCACCAUUGUGGCUAUACCAUUUUGCACAUCCUCCGCCAGUUAAGACCCAACAGUCUGCGCAGAGCCAACCAUGAGGUGGUAAUGAGGGUGACCACUGUAUGAAGAAAGGGUCGUGCAGACAAGUGCUCCAAAGUUUGAGGAGGAGAUUAGUGUUGGAUUGGAUUUCAUUAAAAAUAAAUUCCUGUCUGCCACAUAAACACUGCCGUAAACAUUUUGGGAAAAAAAGCUUUGAUUCAUUAAGCUAUCAAGCAUUUUUUGAACAACCAUGAGCAAUGUUGACAAAAUGCCACCAAAAUGUUUUCUUGUAAUGUUUUGCUUUCGAAACGAAAACAAAAAAGUGAUUGCCAUCAACUUCGAUUUGGAUUGUACUGUAAAAAAGAGUUUGAAAGUGAACAUAAUUGUGUUCCUACUCAUGUGACCAUGACAAUGGCCCCAGGCCCACUAAUUUAGUCAACAUAUUCCUAAAGGUCCACUUCAACGGAGCCAAUAUCAAAAAGCCCAAGAAAACAAGGCACAAUUGCUUCAAAUAUUAAAUCCUUAGUGUACAAUUAAUGUUUUGUAUUAAAAACUUUUGUUGAUAUCAAAAUUGAA